AUGGACGCCUCCUCUCCACCGACAGGGCUAUCUCGUCCCUUACAUGGUGUCUUGUCAGAAUUGCAUGCGCACCCUUCUCCUCAUGUUCCCAAUCCGCCAAACUGCAAGAAACGGGCCUCCGUUGCCCUGAUUCUCCGAGUCCGCCCGACUUAUGAUCACUGGCCGACCUCAGGUUCGAUUCCAGACCCGUCUUUACCGGUAGAAAAACGACUAGAGGAAUUUUUCGCUCAGCCGUGGGUCCAGUAUGGAGACCCCGAAGUCCUUUUCAUCAAGCGCGCCUCACGAGUCGGCGAUCGGUGGACGGGUCAUGUUGCUUUGCCUGGCGGGAAACGAGAUCCAGAGGAUGCAGACGAUCAGGCUACUGCUAUAAGAGAGGCGUCAGAAGAGAUUGGUUUGGACUUGACCACUGAUGACUGCAUUCAUGUGGGGAAUCUGCCGGAGAGGGUGGUGACGACUAGUUGGGGAUCGGAGCCGCUGAUGGUUUUGUGUCCUUUUGUCUUUUUGACUACUCGAAAUGAUUCUCCGAACUUGAAAUUGCAACCAACAGAGGUGGCCUCGACACAUUGGAUUCCCCUAAGGGCACUUUUAUCACCGUCACUCCGCACCGUGGAACAUGUGGAUAUGUCACAGCGGUUUGCCAAACAGAAAGGGUUUCUAGCUCGGAUGGCUGUUCGUUCCAUGAUGGGUUUCAUGCAGUUUUCUGCCGUUCGCUUGCUUCCAGCGGAGACGCAACGAUGCUGCACUGUUCCCGGAGUUAUCCCAGACGAGACCAGCAGGCCGUCCUUAAUACACCGCUUAAAAUCGUGGUGUCUUAGUGGGCAAGCAGAAUCAAGUGAGGCGGAUCGCCCGCUCCUGCUUUGGGGUCUUACCCUUGGCAUUUUGGCCGAUUUCCUUGAUAUGCUUCCCCCAAACAAUGCUGUACAGAUGUGGAAAUAUCCCACUUUUACUGUGCCAGAUCUGCGAUUUAUUGUCAGCGUAUUGACAUAUAACCUGCGAAAGAAGAAUAAGCUGCAGGCGACGCUAGGUGCCCGCCCCAACAAUACCGCGUUGGAUAGCGAAACUGCAGCUCUUCCUGUUACCGAGCAGAAUGAGAACAGCGCCAAUGGCUCGGAGCUAGGCCCGUGUAAAAAGUAUGGCGACCCAGCAGUCGAUGGAACAUCCUAUGCAGUUGGUAUCAUGCUUCGUGGGUACUAUGAUCGAUUGCGAGUGGCGAUCUGGGUAUUCCUCGCCUGGCGCAUGACCCUGGGUUCGGCGGCUGCCUUUACCGCUUGGCGAUUCCUUCGGCGACGCUGA